UCGAUACUUUUAUCGCUAUACUUUCUGCCUUAACUUGAGAUAAACGAAAGCGGCAAACAUUAAAAUAUUCUUAAAUUAAUCAAUUUAAAGCUGUAAAAUGGAAGAAUUGCAGGCUUUAAAUAAUUGCGAAAUCUUUAAUCAAAUCAGAAGUGUAUAUAGCAACUAUCAUAACAAAGUCAAGAAGCUAAAUAGCUUCAAUUUUUAUAGCGGAAAUGAGAUGCAUAUAAAGCAGCUAAUAAGUCUGGUGAAUAAUGUGCUGCUGGAGCAUGAUCUGGUCGAGCAGCAGGAGCAGGGAGAUAAAAUAAAAACAAUCGCUGUUGGAGAUAUGGAACAAUUGCGUGGAACUAUGAUGUAUAUUAUAUUAAAUAGUGUGCAUAUCAAGUCGGAGGAUCAUAAUACAUUAGCACGCUGGAAUCCACAAUGUGUACAUCUAUUAAAUCAAUGGCCAGCACAUUUAAAUCAGCUGGUUACAGUGAGUUUGGCCGUGAAAUGUGGCUUAUUUGAAGCAUUUCUGGAGUUUUUGGCCUGUGGACCACAUUGGUUAACCUCCCAAUACUUGGAUUGUUUCAAUGAGAAUUUGUCGCAUUUAAUUUUGGAUCGCUUGGAGAUGUUGCCCUUGAUGUGUGGCACACUUAAGGCUGUCUCUAAAGCCAUUUGUUAUCAACAAACUCAAGUAAAUCUAAUGCCAAAUGCAAUGCGUUUGCUGCAGCGUCAUUUGCUGGACACAGAGGAGCGUCUAACUAUAAUAAAAUCGAGUCGUGGACGUCAUCGUUAUCUAGGCGAAGCUAUGCGACAGCUUUUAGAUGUUAUACUUAAUGUUAUAGAAGAUGUAGAUAAGGAAAUUCCCUUGCCAGCUUACUUUUAUGUCUACGAAUUGCGUUUAAAGCCUUUAAAACUGGAGCAGGAGCGGGAAAUGGAGCAGGCACAGCAACUAGAGCAGCAGCAGCAGCUAGAGGAACAGAAAAAGCAGCAGCAGAAGCAACAGCAGCUCUACAACCUGGCUGCCAAGCUAAUGGAUACCCUGCAACGUCUGUUACCGCUCAUAAGCGUUAAUACCUAUAUGGAUUGGCAGGAUUUGCCUUCAGGCAGCUUAAUCUUUCAUCUACAGGCGCAUAUAUGCAAUCAAUGUCAGCAAUUGUUGCAAUUACUAAACAAACACAAUGAUUUAAACACACAUAGUUUGUGCAAACAACUUGUUAACUUUGCUGAAGGCGCUCAAAGCUUUGAACAGCGUCUGGAAAUGUUGACAAUAGGAGAAUUACUCAGUUUCCUAGAUGGCGAACUGGGGGAAGUACCGGCAGAUCAACUUUUAAAAGGCCUUAAUCAAUUGUUUAAACGUUCUAUUGCCUUUGGCAGCGAUGAAUGCAUUGAAACUAUGACAAAACAUGUUAAAUUAUUGGAUUUAACUCAUGCCCACCAGAUACUCGAUCAUUUGUUGGAGUUAAAGCAGCUAAAGGAGCUGGAAAUGGAGCAGGAUGAGCAGCUAAAAUUAACAGAAAUUAAACAGGAGCAAGAGGAGGAGCAGCAACAAGACAAUGAAGAAGAUUAUGAUGAAACCUAUGAUGAACUUUUAAACUCCAUACUCUUGCCCAUCUAUAAAAGCCUCGCCAAUCCUGUAGAGAAACUACAAUUGUUAGAAAAACGUCAGCAGCUAACAAAUUUACGCUUUCAACUCGAAAACUCCACCGAAGAACGCAUCUUUUUCUUUAAUAAUCUCAGCUAUAUUAAGCAGCAAUUUCCUUUGCAUAAAUUUCUGGAUCUAAGCUUUGUGGAGCCGCAAUUAACUUGGCUUUCACUCGCUCAAUUGGCCCUGACACAUGUAAAAUUUAACCAACUUUUUACAGAAAUUGCUGUCAAGUGUCAGCCACAUUUUAAGCCACCAUUAGAAUAUGUAAUGCAGCAUUUAAUGCUGGAUGAACGCUUGCUCAAGCAUUGUCAAUCACCAACGCAGGAUUUUCUACUACAACUUUACAUUUUAAGCAUACAACUGAAUCUUAACUCGAGUUUAAAUGAACUGCAAUUGAUACAACAUAAUUAUCUAAGUUCAAUGGCCGCUGGUUUGGCCAAAUUCACUGAUACCCUGGACUAUGCAGCGCUGGGUAGAUUAUUACACACACUACUCCAGCUGGAGGUGAUGGAGAAGCGUUAUAAUUCAAACAGCCGUCAGAAAUUCAAGUUGCAGCGUCAACGUGCCCAAAAAUUGCCAUUGACUAAGCAAAAAUCCAAAUUAAUGUUGGCCAAAAAAUCGGCACUUGUAUUUCGUAAACUUGGCUGGUGGCGUUCUUCCAACUGGACUCUCACAUUCCAAUUAAUUCACUCCAUGGAUGCACUGCGUGGAGAUCUGGAAACCUUUGAUUUAUCCCGUAUUCAAGUCUUGGAUCUUAUCGUCAAAUAUCAUAUCAAGAAUUAUCCACGCUUCUUAAUCAGCUCUCCAAACCAAUCUGUCGAUGAAUUGUUACAAACAUUGAAACACAAGCAAUUUUGGAAGGACGAUCAAUUGGCGGUGUUUUUGGAGAAACGAAAGUUUCGUCGGGCAAAGGAAUAUGCUUCGUUACUGACGCAGUCUUCAACUCUGGAGGCCAUAAAGCUGCUGAGUGACGCCAUAUAUCAUAAAAUUGAUUGGUCCGUAAUGUAUGAACUAUCCCAGACUGUUGACCUGACUACCGGAAAGGAACCCACCUCCAUCCCCUCGUUGAAUGCCGUUAAAGCCUAUGGCUUCAUUUUCAAAUGCUACAUGGAGGCAUUUAACGAUGUGUUGAUAAAACCAAACCAUAUCAGCGAUUAUCCUUACCUCAUUGAGCAUCUGGUGCAGACGCCAAAGCUACUAUUGAAGGAGAAUUUGUUGCUUGCCGUCAACAAUUUUAAAACCCUUCUAAAUACCACAGAAGAGCACGUUAGCGAGGAGCAGAUUCUACAGCUUGUUAAUCUUAAGCUUAGCAAGUCAGUUGAUAAUUAAGGACACAACAUUUACAUUAGUAUUACAAACAGCUACAUAAACAUUUACAUACACACAUGUACACUUAAACACAUACAUACUGAAUUAAAACAACAUAUGCAAAAAUUGAGUAGCUUGAAUUUGCCGCGCUUUAAAUAUCGUGCUGCCAGAUGCAGCAUUGCUUUCAGUUGUUUGCCACACUAUUUGAGCUAGGUGGCAACGCUACAUAGAGGUAACAAUAAUAAGUAG